GAGGUUCCCAGACAAUGACAAAGGCCGCCUCCGCCCUUUAACCGGUUACGUCACGGUUAAUAUACAGAGCUUGGAGUGUUUCGACGACCUGAAUUUGGGUGACGUCACUCUCAUGCCGCCCUGUCUCUUCACUGCAUCGACAGCCGUAGAUGCAGACCAUAGUCCUGACCAUGCCAGGCUGUCAAGCUCGAGACCGUGGGCCCCGCGGGUCUCACCCGAGGCGCAGUGGGUGCAGGUGGACAUGGUGAACCAGCACCGAGUGACGCGGCUUCGUCACCUAGCGCAUCCCGGUUAUCAGCAGGCGGCGACAAUCGCCGUGAUGAUAUCUGGUGAUGGCAUCUUGUGGCGGCGGGCAGGAGUGAUUACUCUUCCCGAACAGACGGAGGUAUUUGAACACCAAUUUCAGGCUGCGCUGGAGGCAAGAUAUUUCAGGUUCAUUAUGAAGACGUGGUCCGGAGGAAGCAAUCUGAGCGGAUUCCGCUUCGACCUCCGCGGUUGCCCGCUCGGCUCCGACAGGAAGCCGGAGGACGUUUGCUCAACGCCCGUUUGGCCCUCGGCAAGCGCUACAGUGUUCUCUGGGCGCCACUUCGCCGUCGACACUAUCAACAACGUGGUGUACACAUGCGAACAGCCGGUCGGAAGGAACGUGACCCAAUGCUUUUAUUCGAGUGACAAUGCAGUUAGCUGGUCUCGGACCCCGCCCUUCGUCACCACUGUGUUGGGUUUCUGGCCUGAAGCUAUCAAAGUUUAUGGCACAGCCGCCUCGCCCGUCGAUGGCCUCUUCUUCACGAGCGACAUGGGUCUCACCUGGACUCCAACCACGCAGGUUGACUUGGACACAGCGAAUAGGGUUCGGCUAAAACUUGGGUGCCGGCCAUCCAGUCUUAACGAUCCCUAG